UUAUUAAACUCUAGUAAGUAGUAGUAACCAUUUCAUUGUUCAUUCCAAAUUUCAUUUACAUUACAUUUUUAGCAUUGGUUGAAUGGUUUAUUCCACCACCAUGACAACAACCUACGGCACAAUCCCAACAUCACCAACACUGCCAACACCGCCAAAACUCGAAUACAUAACACGUGGCAAACAGAGAAUCAAAGCCGGCUUAGGAACUCGUCGACCAUGGAAAACCAUGUUCGAUCUCUGGUCACUUGGUAUCCCCACGAAUGGACUACCGGAAGCAAUUUCACGGAUUCGUGUCAAUAUAUCAUACUUCCGUAUGAACUACACUAUGGUGAUGCUUCUGAUCUUGUUUCUAAGCCUUUUAUGGCACCCGAUAUCGCUUAUUGUUUUCGUUCUUCUCAUGGCGGCAUGGUUGUUUUUCUACUUCCUACGUGAUCAGCCGGUAAUUCUAUGGGGUCGACUUGUUGAUGAUCGGCUUGUGGUUGUUUUCAUGGCGUUUGUUACGGUUGGACUGUUGCUUCUUACGCAAGCUACGGUUAAUAUUGUUGUUGCGGUUAGUGUCGCGAUUGUGGUUGUGGUGGCGCAUGCUGCGUUUAGGAAGACAGGGGAUUUGUUCUUUGAGGAAGAAGAAGAAGUCAUUGUUUCAGUUGCUUCUUGAAUAUGUUAUGUUCUGUUAAUUAAUUAGUCUUUUUCAUUUGUUAAUCUUCUUGAUUUUUUUUUUUUUUUGUGUGUGGAUUAAUAGUUAUUGAUAAAAUAAAUGGUUCUGCAUGUUUAAGAUUAUGAAGAGAAUAAAUAAGAGAUUAUGUGUA